AUGUAUAAUACUGUAAAUAUAUCUCUUACAGUUUCUAAACAGCAGGAAGUUCACAUAUGCCUUGUAAAGCACUACAGAGUGUGUCUGGAUGAAAAGUAUGAGAUAUCAGAGAAGUGGCUACUCAAAGAUUUGGAGUACAUUGAUGGCAAGGAGGCUGAAACUGUAAGUGGUACAAAUAAUAUUUUAAGGGGACAAUUAUGCAAAUGUACAGUAUUUUUUUCGCAGUUUUCUUUUUCUUUUUUUUUUAUAAAGCCAUUGACCUAAAUUUGUUCCACAGCUUUAUAUGGGACACACAAAAGACGAUCCAGAACUCAAUCUAGUCCAUCGAAAUUGUCUGGCUUGUCUGAUGGAUUGUAAAGCUAGCAAGUUCUUGACUUCAUAUCAAUAAUGUUGGUACAUGAAGACAUUCCAUUUGUGAUUCUCUCCAAGCAUCAUUUAUUCUCAAGCACCUUUAAAGGGACACUAUAGUUACCAAAACAACUUUAGCUUAAAGGGACACCAUAAUCAUCAGAACAACUACAGCUUAUUGUAUUUGUUCUUGUGAGUAUAGUCAGUCCCUGCAGGAUUUUUACAUUAAACACUGUCUUUUCAGAGAAAAGAUAGUGUUUACAUUACAACCUUGCUACACUACAAGUGGCCAGUCCUCAGUUGGCUACCAGAGGUGCUUCUUAGAGCAGUGCUGCACACCCUCUCCAACCUCUCCACUCUCUACAAGGAGACACUGAAAUUUCCUCAUAGAGAUGCAUUGAUUCAAUGCAUAUCUAUGAGGAGAUGGUGAUUGGCCAGGGCGAUUUUUGGUUCUGCCCCCACCUGCCUCCUUGGCUGAGAUCAUCAGAAUUGAUUAUCUCAGCCAAUCCAAUCCUUUCCUAUAGGAUUGGCUUAGAUCAACACUUCUGAUGAUGUCAGCAAAGGAGGCAGAUCAGGGGCAGGGCCAGCACCAGCAUACUGGAAGAAAAGGUAUUUAGUAAAAUACCUGCCUUUUAUUGAAUCCAGCACUAGUAAUAUUCUGUGCCAUUGCUGUGUGUAUAUAUUCAUGCACAUUAUAUAUCAGGCAUCAGUUGAUUUUAAUUACUCAAUUGUAUAGCACUAAUGUUAUUCUGAUAACCCUUAAAUCUUAAUUCUAUAUUUCCAACUUGGGCUUGUUCUAGUUAUUUUCUGCCCACAACCAACAAUUUCCCUAGUACAUUAAAUUGUUCUAUAUUCAGGCUCUCUAAUUAUUAGGCAUGUGCAUGGGAAAAAUUUUUGGUUCGGUUCGGUUUGGCAUUACAAAAUUCGGGUAUUCGGCACUUCGGAACUUCGGCAACUUCGGAACUUCGGCACUUCAGAAAUUCAGGAAAUUUGGGAUCUCUGCAAUUCGGCACUUCGGCAACUUCGGGACUUCGGAAUUUCGGAACAUCUCUUGCAGCCGCUUGGUAGAUAACUCCCUAAUUCCCAAGGUAUUAGGGAGUUAUCUACCAAAAGGCUGAAAGACCUAAAUUGGUCUAAAUUGGUCUUUCAGCCAAAUUUACUAAUACUAAGUAAAAAUUACUUAGUAUUAGUAAAUUGUGCCCCUACUCGCUAUACCGCGAGUAGGGGCAUGACUAUUAAACAGUGAGAAGCCAGUGGCUGCUUUUUAAAAAAUGGGUCCCCCCUCCUGAGCCCCCUCCCGCGACGCGCGAGUGGGGGGUUUUAAACUAAAGGGGGGGCUAUUGAGUGGCGGGUGGGGGCCCUAAAGUAAAAUAAUGGGGGGGACCUAUUGCCCCCACCUCAGUCCCCACCCCUGAGCAGCGGGUGGGGGCCCUAAAGUAAAAUAAUGGGGGGACCUAUUGUCCUCCCCCCUGGCCCCCACCCCUGAGCAGUGGGUGGGGGCCCUAAAGUAAAAUAAUGGGGGGACCUAUUGUCCUCCCCCCCACCCCCACCCCUGAGCGAUGGGUGGGGGCCCUAAAUUAGAAUGGGGGGAUCUAAUGUCCUUCCCCCUGGCCACCACCCCUGAGCAGUGGGUGGGGCCCCUAAAAACUAAUUAGGGGGGACCUAACGUCCUCCCUCCUGGCCCCCACCCCUGAGCAGUGGGUGGGGGCCCUAAAUACUAAUUAGGGGGGACCUAAUGUCCUCCCCCCUGACACCCACCCCUGAGCGGUGGGUGGGUGCACUAAAUUAGAAUAAGGGGGAGGACCUAAUGUCCCCCCUCCUGGCCCCCCACCCCUGAGCGGUGGGUGGGGGCCCUAAAACACUAAUUAGGGGGGACCUAAUGUCCUCCCCCCUGAGUGGUGGGUGAGGACCCUAAAAUACUAAUUAGGGGGGGACCUAAUGUCCUCCCCCCUUGCCCCCACCCCUGAGCGGUGGGUGGGGGCCCUAAAUAAAAAAAAUAACCCCCCCUCCCCUGGGUGACUAGGGGUCCCCAAACCCAUAGUCACCCCCCUCCCCCAAAAAAUUAACCCCUACCUACCCCCCUCACCCUAAAAAUAAUGAGGGGGGAACAUUUAUAUAAGUACCUGAAAAAAAACAAAAACUUACCAUUUGAUGUUUUCUUUCUUCUAAAAUCUUCUUUUUUCAGCCCCAAAAAAGGCCAAAUAAAAAGGCUCAGAGCACUCUGAUUGGUGGGUUUAAGCCAUCCAAUAAGAGUGCUCUGACAGGUAAAUGAAGAGACUGACAGGUAAGUCUCUACAUUUACCUGUCACAGCACUCUGAUUGGCUGGUUUGGAAUCCACCAGUCAGAGUGCUCUGUGUCAUUUUACACAGCGUGGGAAAGUUCUUUGGAAUUUUCCCACGCUGUGUAAUUUGACUCAUAACUCUCUGAUUGGUGGAUUAAAUAACCAAACAGGCUGCUCACUGUUUAAUAGACAUGCCCCUACUCGCGGUAUAGCGAGUAGGGGCAUAAUUUACUAAUACUAAGUAAUCUUUACUUAGUAUUAGUAAAUUUGGCUGAAAGACCAAUUCAGGUCUUCCAGCCUUUUAGUAGAUAGCUCCCUAAUACCGUGGGAAUUAGGGAGUUAUCUACUUAUUCAUUCCUGUCAUUACACUGACUGGCCAAAUAACUUACAUUUUAUAUGAAUGUAUGUUACAUGAUUGUUGUAAGUGUUGCAAAUGCUUACUGCUGAAUCCUGGCUAUGUUUGUAUACUUUUUAUCUAAUAUUGUAUACAGUGUAACAUUCUUCUUCUUCCACUGGGUAAGUAUAUUAGUACUUAGGCAAUACUGUGCUUUGGCACUUCAGCAACUUCGGCACUUCGGAAAUUCGGUAAUUUCGGAACUUCGGAUCCUCGGUAAUUCGUCACUUUGGCUAUUCGGACAUUCGGAAGUACCCGAAUGUCCGAAUUGCCAGAAAUUCGGCCGAAUUCACAUUCGGCCCGAAACGAAUUGCACAUGUCUACUAAUUAUAGAUAUUUUCUAUUUAUGAGAAUUGUUACCUGGUGCCAGGUAUUCUGUUGCUGCCUUGUAAGAGGUUUCUAUUAUUUCAUCAGCCCAGCCCCCUCUAUAAUAGAACUUUGCUACCUCUUUUCCAAUGUCUGCAUGUCGGCACACACCGCCGUCUGUACCAAUCUGACCUGACACCUGGUUUUUAUUAAGUUGAGAAAAUAUAUAAGACUAAAAACAGACAUUUCAAUCACUAUAUGCAUUAGCACAACAUCUCCAUGGAUUUCUGACAGCUUGUUUCAGCUUGUUAUAUUUUGACGAUCAUUUUUUUUUUUUUACGUAGCUAUACAUACUGAAUUCCAUAUUACUUUCAUAAACUUGUUCAUAAAAUACGGUGUAUAUGUGAAUAUUAACUAGAUGAGAAGAUAAUUUGUCAUAGUUAUUAAUCAUCAUCAUCAUUACAAUAAUAGUGUUUUAUUUUCAUCCAACAGGAUAACUCAAAUUUUGACAUGAUGUUUGAAGAAGUCUGCAAUAUGGAAGCUUAUAGUUGUGCCUCAAAAUACGCCUUUGCACGAAGUAUUAUUAAACUCAACACACUCUACACUAAAAAGGACAUCAAAGUGCUUAAUUUUGACUCUUCCUAUAUAGAAGAGGGUGUCAUAUGGUCUUCAAACAAUGGGGAUUGUUUAGUACUCAUGAGAAUAUGCUUUUAUGCAUCUAAUCUUCUGUGCCUUUCUUUGUGUCCCAUGCCCUAA